GUCCCGUCAGGUUGCGUUAGCGUGGGGUAUUUUUCACCGGGUCGUUUGGGACAUGUAGUUCGCUGAGGUGGAUAUUUACCUUAUUGUUGACCUGUUUAUCGGUUGCAUUCAAUAGCAGUGUUUGUGCUCGUGUCUGAAUAGCUAGGAUAGCACAUCGAAAGAGUGAAGAUAUACCUGAAAACAGCAGAGAUGGCUCUGGAGCAGCUCAGUGAUGUAGUCCAGAGAUGUCAAGCCCUCUCCGAUGACAGCUACACCCCCGAGGACCAUGACGUGUUCUCGGUAUCCGGGCGGACUUGCAUCGAGGAGGGAAACAGUGCCCAGGUCCUCAGUCUUGUCCUGGAUGAAAAGAAUCAGGACAUGGUGAGGUGUAUGGGUUGGACUCUGCUGCCUCCUCUGAUCCAGGUUCUGCUGAAGAAACGAGAUGAGAAGCCUUCUCCGUGCCUUGCCAUUUUCAGCCACCUGCUACAGACCUGCAGACCCAAAGAGCUGCUGAUCGGCUUGUUGGAGCAGCUGGAGCAUGAGGACCCUGACACCAUAGCAGAGAGCCUUCACCUGCUAUUGAACCCCCUCCAGAAAGUGUUGCUGUGUCUGGGCAGCCGUAAGGCGUCGUCACUGGGCAUGACCCUGUCCUCCGUGCUGGACCAGCUGGCCAAACUGCCUCUACCUCACACCAAGGAGCAGGAGGAGGACGACGUCUUCUCCCUUUGUCGCUGCUGCACCGACCUGAUGGCCUUUGUCAAGCCUUUCGUCCACGAAACCAGGCAAAACCUCCUGAGCUCCGAGAACACAAACAAGAAGGCGGGUGAGCAGGGCGGAGGACGAGCUGCGGAGGACGAGCUGCAGACCGAACUGUUGAAGUUCUCUAUGAAGACUCUGAGUCACCCGCUGCUGGAGUUACAACUCAGGGAUCCAGACACUCUUGCCGUGUCUCCCCUCAGGGACUUUGCCACAGAGAUUUUGAACACCCUCAGGGCUAUAGGAGAGUCCGUCAGCAGUCUCGUGUUCCAACCUCUGUUAAAGAGAAAACAGGUUCUGGGCUUUCUGGAGGAGGAGGUGCGAUAUCCCAAGGAGUCCUUGGCAAGCCUGGCUCACCUGGUGUUUGUCCACCACCUGGCUGCGGAUUCAUUCCCCAGCGUUUUCAGUUCUGUGUUCUGUCUUCGGUGUAAUAUGGAGCACGUUUGCCUCCUCUUGUCCAGAACUGAGGAGUCGAGGAUCCAGAAAGGACUGGAGCUGUAUGAGAAGAGUCUGGUGCGCUUGGAGGACGGCAGCCUGCCUGCUGAUCUGCUGCAGAUCAAAACCUUCCUCACAGUCCCUCAGAACUUGGUGAAGGUCAUGACGAUGUGUCCUCAACAUGAUUUGAGAACCAGAGGUCUGAAGGUUUUGCAGCUGAGCAUCGAUAAGUUUGACACUGAAGCAAAAUACAACUUUUUCCAGUACAUGCUGAAAACCAGUCGUCACUCAGGAGUCGAAGGCUACAUCAUCAAAAACAUCAAGGUUCAGAUCGAUGCUGCCCUUCAGCCAGGGAACAGUAACGUCUGGUUUGAGGGGUCGCAGCUGCUGCCUUUGCUGCGGAAAGUUCUCAGUCUGCCAGACGGCCCAGAGACCGACCUCCUGCAGUACCUGGACAGAGUCAUGGAGUCUCUGAACCUGCUGCGUUACCUCGUCAUCAGGGACAAAGUGACAGACAACCAGACGGGGAUCUGGACAGAACUGUAUAAGAUCGAAGACACGUUCCUGAAGCCGCUGCGUGUCGGAGUGAACAUGUCGAGAGCUCAUUAUGAGAGGGAGCUCCACGACACUCGGGCGACCAAGAGGGGCAAAGCUAAAGAGGAGUCUGUGAUUUCUGUGUCCGUUGGAAGCGAGAAGCUGCCGAACAUGACGUCAGAUUCCCAAAUUCAGGCCCUGCACUCGGCCCUGCACACCUUCGACAUGAUCGAGAGCGUGUUGGUGCGAAUAGAGGAACUCACCGCGGGGAAAGAAAAUCUUUAGACCGAGCACAAGUUUUUAUACCAGAGGUCCUCAUCCCCUCGUGUUUUUUGUUUUGUUUUUCUUUUGUAAAAAAAUAAAUGGUGUCCUGAA